AUGUAUAACUGCUCAUUUCAGAAUCUCCAAUUGUCUCAACACAAAGACAAGAGUCCCAGUUUUUCCACAUUUAUGUUCGCUAAUCCACCAAUGAGGAAUAUAAUCAAGUUCUUCUUCUUUAAUAUAACAAAUCCGGACGAAAUGAUAUAUGGUAGUGCUAAACCUCGAUUAAUCGAAACCAAAGCGUACGCAAUUAUUGAAACGGAGCAAAAAAAAUAUCUGAAGUUCAGUGAGGAUAAUGAUGAACUUUUCUAUCAGAACUAUAAGAGAUUCGUAAUCAAUGAUGAAUUCACAUGCCCUGACUGUUCUUGGAAUGAUAUCGUGACAGUCCCAAAUCCAACAGGCAUUGGUGCUGCGUCAGCUAUUUACGACCCACAGUAUCAAAUGACUCCCGUUGCGCGAAGGAUAUUCGCCUUUGGACUGCUUCUGGUGGGGGAGUAUCCAUUCAUGUGGGUUGCUUUAUCUCACACUGUCAAGGAAAUUUUAUUUGAUGGUUAUAAUGAUGCUCUCCUUGACGUUGGACAUUCCAAGGUAAGCCAGACGAAACUUCUAGGGAAAUCUUUUUCAAACGAUUAUGCCGUGCUUGCACCAGCGUAAAG